AUACGUAUUACCAAAAACUCAAGGGGUAUUUUGUAAGAGGACAAAAUUCGGGGGAACCAAAAAGUUAAAAAAUAAAAAAUAAAAAUAAAGGACAAUUUCAGUCAAUAUGUCACGUAGAGAGGUUUUUUCUGAAACACGUAUAUAUUAGCAAUAUACCCAAAGUACAUGGUUUCGAAACAGCGACGUCUCCCUCUUUGCCCUCCUCCAGACGCUUCCCUUUCUCCUCUAUACAUUCUGAGACAUUCUUCUUUCUGUUGUCUUCUGGCUUACGAUUGAUAAGCGCUUCUUCUCAAGGUAAUUUGAUUGUUCUCUGCCUAACCUCUAUCUUCUUUCUAUUUCUUGUUCUUUUGGAGUGGUUUGAAUUUUUAUUUUUUUAUAAAUUUUUUGGUAGACAGCUUAGUUACACGGAUAAGGUAAAAAGGUUAAGCAUUCAUAGCAGAGGAGUUCUUAGAAUCCUGUUCGAUUAACAUAGAAUCCUGUUCUUAGAACCCUGGUCUUUUGGAGUGGUUUCAAUUUGGGAUUAUUCGUUGUUGUUGAUGAUUUAAUCGCGAAGUGGGCUUUUCUUUGGUGGAGUUUGGGAAGUCUGUGAUGAUUGUUUUGGGUUUUGUUGGUGGCUUUCCUUCGUUGCGUUGUUUUGUUUAGGCCUACCGUCUGACCCAAAUAAUGAAUUCUUUACCUAAUUCUCAGAUUAGCGCCAUGUCAGACUUUAUUCCACGCGAGUUGCUUGCUGAUGUUCUUGUGAGACUUCCAGUUAUUUCUCUGUUUCGAUGUAGACGUGUCUCAAAAUCAUGGCGUGAUUUGAUUGAUAGUCCAUGCUUCACCCAAUUGUACCUAAAGAGAUCCCCUCCCAACAGCAAAGUUAUUGUAGCUUUACAGAGGGGAGGUGCCUUUUAUGCAUUUGAUUGGGUUCAUGAAUGGGAUGGCGGCAGCCAUUACAGGGCCAGCAAUCCCAAAAAACUCGAAAACCACCUUUCCGAUUUUCUUGUGGGUCAAGUUCAAAUUGUGGGAUCUUCAAAUGGGAUCCUUUGUUUGUGGAAUAUAACCAAAGAUGGUCAUGUUUUGUGGAAUCCAUGGAUUAAUAAGUUCUCCAUAUUACCGCCUUUACCUGUUGAUUGUAAAAAUGGCGGAAGCUAUUGUGUUGGUGCCGCAUUCGGGUCUGACCACAGCAACGAUGACUACAAAGUGGUGAAAUGGUUUAAGUUAGCUAGUUACAUGUCCUGGGAGUUGGAUGAUGCAAGUUUUGAUGGAUAUGAAGAUUCAAGUUUUGAUGGAUAUGAAUUCUGCGUUUAUAGUUUGAAACUAAAUUCAUGGAGGAGAAUAAAAGAUGCCAUGCCACAUGAGAUGCCACAGGCUCAUGAUUGUACUUUUGUCAACGGUGCAUUAUACUUUCUUGUGCAAGAAAAAAUGAAAUUUGGUUACCAUGAUAACUUCAUUGUUGCAUUUGAUCUUGGAAGUGAAGAAUUUCGAAGGAUAUCCACUGUACCACAUUCGCCACGUUUUAAGGAAGUUUAUGAAUACCACCAUUUGUGUUCUUUAAAUGGUCGUCUUGCAUGCAUCUCUACUUAUACAGAAAGGCUUUUCGGGGAAUUAUGGGUGAUGGUGGAUGAUGGAGCUAAGAGGUCUUGGACUCUUUUUGCCUGCAUUAAUAUUGGUUUGUCUGGAUCAGACUGUAGGGUAAUGGCAGUUUCAGAGCGAAGCAAAAAGAUGCUCUUGCAAGUUGGGAAAAAGCUUGCACUUUAUGAUAUUGAAAAUAGGUCAAUCAGAGAUGUGAUCAUCAAUGAUAAGCCCAGUUGUAUCACUUCAUGCACUUGUGUUCGGGGCUUUGUUAGCCCUUGUUCUUCUUUGGGAUAGGAAUUACGAUAAUUACAUCUUCAAGAGAAUGGCAGAUGACAUCUUAGCAAAGAGGUUUCAUUUUAUUUUGAAAGAUGGCGUUUUGGAUGGGAAUUGAGAUGUUGCACUCAUGGAUUUUUAGAAAUUCAACCGCUGCCACUGUCAACCACCAUCUACCGCUGCCACUGUCAACCACCAUCCACCGCUGCAGACCAGCUGCCGCCAAAAAUGAUAUAAGGCAGGUCAACAUAUAUUGGUGUUUUGGUGAGUUUUUUAACAGAUUGGAUGAAUGAAAGGAAGGUCCAAGAAUUAUCGAAGAAGAAUAAAGACACGAGCCUGAGGUUGGAGAGCAAAGAUGAACUACAUAUUUUAAAUUUUAAUAUUUGUCUGGAACAUUUCACCAGUUUUAUGCUGUUUUUUGUUUCAUUGGAUCGUAGUUGGAACUUCAUGUGUAUUUUCUUUCUAUUGUCUUGCUUUGAUACUUUUUUUGGUAUAGUUGCUGUAGACAUUCUCCAGUAGGUUAGAUCCUCUGUAUCAUCCCAAUGUUAUCCCAGGGGACUAGUGGAGAUCCCAUCAGUAAUAAAAUUCUGAGGUGAGUUUGAAACUCUUGAUAGAGCUGCAGUACCUACUACCUACAUCUGUACUGUUUUCUAUUUAGCAUACUUAUUUGUAAACUACCUCAAAGUUCUUAAAUAUGUUUGUAACCAAAAAGGUGUUCAAGAAGUUCCAUUAAUUUGAAGACCCCAAUGACUUGAAUAUGUACAACAAAGGAAGUUGGGUUUUAAAUGUUUAUUUGAGAAGUACUUCCCCAGGAAGCGGUACUCCUGUUAGGUGUUUUUAGAACUAUAUAGAGUUAUUUUCUUCUGUUGUCUAGAGGCUUUUCCGACGUUUGCAGCGCUGAGUUUUGUUUUGAUCUCUUGAUGUUUGUGAUCCAUAUGAAAUUAGAGGCUUUCUAGGAGUGGAGUUUUUUCUUCAGUUUAUCAGUGUUCUUCCUUCUCUUUUGGACAAUAGAGUUCAUAAACUGUAUUUAUUAGGAAUAAAUUUCCUCAUUUACUGCGAGAAUAAAAAGUCAGAUUCCUGUUGUUUCAGCUUAGGGGAUUUAAAUUUUCCAUUAAAUCCCGUCCACGGUAACCUUGAUUUGGCACAAAAUAUGACCUGAAGUUAUUUUUCUUUAGGGUAAAGAAGAUUUGGAGAAUGCUGUAAAGGUAUAAUCUGUACGGGUCAAUCAAGCUUGUGGCUGACUCUGCAGCAAAUUUGUGGGUUUUAAAAGUGUAAACAAGCACCUGAAUGUCCAUGGAAGUUAUGUGCUACUACCCCGAAAGAAGGUUCUUUCUUUGAGAUAAAGAAGUAUACCGCACCUCAUGCUUGCAAAAAGUCUAAUAG